ACAGGGCCCGACGCGCUGCUCCCGGCCGAGGACGCGCGGGCUGCGCCGCUGGCGACCGGGCCCCGCGGGCCGGGGCGGGAGCCGCUGCGACCAUGUCGGACCCGGCGCCCGAGGUCCCCGAGGACAUGUUCAGGGAGGUGAAGUACUACGCGGUGGGCGACAUGGACCCGCAGGUGACGCAGCUCCUGAAAGCUGGGAAGGCGAAGGAAGUGUCCUACAGCGCCCUGGCCUCGCACAUCAUCUCCGAGGACGGGGACAACCCGGAGGUCGGAGAAGCGCGGGAAGUCUUUGAUUUGCCCGUCGUGAAGCCUUCCUGGGUGAUUCUGUCCGUCCAGUGUGGAGUUCUUCUGCCAGUAAAUGGUUUUUCUCCAGAAUCAUGUCAGAUUUUUUUUGGAAUCACUGCCUGCCUCUCUCAGGUGUCCUCUGAAGACAGAAGUGCCCUGUGGGCCCUGCUCACCUUCUACGGGGGCGAGUGCCAGCUCAGCCUGAACAGGAAGUGCACACACCUGGUUGUCCCAGAGCCCAAGGGGGAAAAAUAUGAAUGUGCUUUAAAGAGGACGAGUAUUAAAAUCGUGACCCCUGACUGGGUCCUGGAUUGCAUAUCCGAGAAAACCAGGAAGGAUGAAGCAUGUUAUCACCCUCGCCUAAUUAUUUAUGAAGAGGAAGAAGAGGAAGAAGAGGAGGAGGAGGAAGUAGAAAAUGAGGAACAAGAUUCCCCAAAUGAGGGGAGUACCGAUGAGAAGUCCAGCCCUGCCAGCUCGCGGGAAGGGUCUCCUUCAGGUGACCAGCAGUUUUCACCCAAGUCAAACACCGAAAAAGCUAAAGGGGAACUGAUGUUUGAUGAUUCUUCAGAUUCGUCCCCUGAAAAGCAAGAGAGGAAUCUGAACUGGACCCCAGCGGAGGUCCCACAGGUGGCGGCAGCCAAGCGCAGGUUGGCCCCAGGCAAGGCACCCAGCCUCAUUAACCUUUGUGCCAACGUGCCGCCGGUGCCACCUGCCGGCCGUGGCAGCCUCGUGGCUGCGGGACCGCACCUCCAGAGCUCGGAGCGACCCGAGGUGGCAGCGCCCUGGAGCCCGGCCAUGCGGACCUUGCGAAAUAUCACCAACAGUGCUGACAUUCAGCAGAUUAACCGGCCGUCAAAUGUCGCACAUAUCUUACAGUCCCUUUCAGCACCUACAAAAAGUUUAGAGCAGCAGGUGAAUCACAGCCAGCAGGGCCACACGAACGCCAGCGCGGUGCUGUUCAGCCAGGUGAAAGUGACUCCCGAGCCACACCUGUCGCAGCAGCCACAGCCGCCUGUCCUGCACCUGCCGCCCCAGCAGCUCCUGCAGCUCCAGCAGCCGCAGCCGCAGCUUUCCCAGCAGCCCUACCCCCAGCAGCAGUCACACCCGUUCCCACAGCAGCAGCAAGUCCACCAGCACACGUUCCCUCAGCAGCCACUGCAGUUCCCGCAGCAGUCGCUGCACCGCCCGCAGCAGCAGCAGCAGCAGCAGCAGCAUGCCCUGCAGCAGCAGCUCCAUCAGCUGCAGCAGCAGCAGCUGGCACAGUUACAGCAGCAGCAGCACAGCCUCCUGCAGCAGCAGCAGCUGCAGCGUCUGCACCAACAGCAGCAGCAGCAGCAACAGAUGCAGACUCAGGCAGCACAGCACCAGGCCCCACCCCCGCAGCACCAGGUCCCGCCCCUGCAGCACCAGGCUCCGCCCCUGCAGCACCAGGCCCCGCCCCUGCAGCACCAAGCCCCGCCCCUGCAGCACCACCAGCAGUUGCAGCAGCAGCACCACCAGCCGCCGCACCAGCUUUUUGGACAUGACCCAGCCGUGGAACUUCCAGAAGAAGCCUUCUUACUGGGAUGCGUGUUUGCCAUUGCGGAUUACCCAGAGCAGAUGUCUGAUAAACAGCUGCUGGCUACCUGGAAAAGGAUAAUCCAGGUACACGGCGGUGCUGUGGACCCCACAUUCUCGAGCCGGUGCACACACCUGCUAUGUGAGAGCCAAGUCAGUGGUAUGUAUGCACAGGCGAUGCGGGAGAGGAAGAGAUGUGUCACCGCGCACUGGCUCAGCAUGGUCCUGAAGAAGAAGAAGGUGGUGCCACCACACCGGGCCCUGCACUUCCCAGUGGCCUUCCCUCCGGGCGGAAAGCCGUGUUCUCAGCAUAUUAUUUCCGUGACUGGAUUUGUCGACAGUGACCGAGAUGACCUGAAGUUGAUGGCGUACCUGGCAGGUGCCAAAUACACCGGCUACCUGUGCCGCAGUAACACAGUUCUCAUCUGUAAAGAGCCGACCGGAUUAAAGUACGAGAAAGCCCGGGAGUGGAGGAUCCCGUGUGUGAACGCCCAGUGGCUGGGCGACAUCCUCCUCGGGGACUUCGAGGCCCUGCGGGAAAUGCAGUGCCGCCGCUACUCGGUGUUCAGUCUGCCCGACCCGUUCGCCCCCGCGCAGCACCUGGUCCUGAACCUCCUCGAUGCUUGGAGAGUUCCACUGAAAGUGUCGGCAGAAUUGUUGAUGGCUGUGAGACCAACCCCCAAACUGAAGCAGAAUGAAGUAACCAACAUCCAGCCUUCUUCCAAAAGAGCCAGAAUUGAAGAUGUACCACCGCCCACUAAAAAGUUCACAGCAGAACUGACCCCUUCUGUGCUUUUCACUGGGUUUGAGCCUGUCCAAGUGCAGCAGUAUGUCAAGAAGCUCUACGUCCUUGGUGGGGAGAUCGCUGAGUCGGCGCAGAAGUGCACACACCUCAUCGCCAGCAAGGUGACGCGGACAGUCAAGUUCCUCACGGCCAUCUCGGUGGUGAAGCACAUCGUGACUCCAGAGUGGCUGGAAGAGUGUUUCAAAUGUCAGAAGUUCAUUGAUGAGCAGAAUUACCUGCUCCGAGACGCAGAGGCUGAGGUGCUUUUCUCUUUCAGUUUGGAAGAGUCCUUGAAAAGGGCACACGUUUCUCCGCUCUUUAAGGCAAAAUAUUUUUACAUCACCCCUGGAAUUUGCCCAAGUCUCUCGACUAUGAAAGCGAUUGUGGAGUGUGCAGGGGGGAAGGUGUUAUCGAAGCAGCCGUCCUUCCGGAAACUCAUGGAGCAUAAGCAGAAUAAGAGUCUGUCAGAAAUCAUUUUGAUAUCCUGUGAGAAUGACCUCCACUUAUGCCGCGAGUACUUUGCCCGAGGAAUAGAUGUCCACAACGCCGAGUUUGUUCUGACCGGAGUGCUUACACAGACGCUGGACUACGAGUCAUAUAAAUUUAACUGAUGCGUCUCCUGCGUUUCGCGUGGAGUGCGGUCGGCUGUGGCCGUGGCUGUGGAGGCCGGCACUCCUUCCCACACCUUUGUUUUCCAGCUGCUUUCUUAGGGGACAAGCGUUUUAAAGCAGGAGAACAUAUAUAAUUAAAUAUACUGCAUCUUUUUCAGAUGUGUGAUUUUUAUUCUGAGGAACAUAAAUUAUGUUUUGUACUAUAUGACUUUGAGAGCCCACCUUAGGUUUUUUGAUUCCUUUGCCAGAUUUUUAAAUGUUUUCACACACUGUUAAUGGAACUUUAGCUACAAAUGCUGUAAAUAAAGACUUGCUAUCUCUAAAUUAUGGAUUUAAAGAUUUGAAAUGUUUUGUACUUUAUUUCUUAUACUCUUUUCUUUUAUAUUGAUAUCCUGCCCACAUUUUAA